AUGGCUACGGUCAGUCUCCUGCCUUCCGUAAUGGCUCGUUCUCAUCGGAGCGAGAGCCGUCAGGAUCUACCUAGGCCCUACAAGUGCCCUUUGUGUGAAAAGGCCUUUCAUCGUCUCGAGCACCAGACUCGUCACAUCCGGACUCACACAGGCGAGAAGCCGCACGCAUGCCAAUUUCCCAGCUGUCCCAAGCGAUUCUCUCGGUCUGACGAAUUGACGCGCCACUCUCGCAUACACAAUAAUCCCAACUCAAGACGCAGCUCUAAAGCCCCCUCUAAUGCCUCUAUCUCCUCAGCUUCAAUUGCUCCCGAGACUCCUGUGCCAACCAUGGCGCCCUUAAUGCCCCCUCCAACUAAUCGUUUGGUAUCUCGCUCAGCUCCCGUAUCGGCCGGAAGCUCGCCGACUAUAACUCCAUCUAUAGUAUCGAUGUCCUCUUCUCACUACAGUUCAUAUCCUGUCACGCGUCCGCAAUUCCCCAGCGCUACACCCUCUCGGACUGCUAGUCCACGUGCGAGCCCGAACCUAGACCAACUUCAUCACCAUCACCCUCCUCCCUCAGUGAUUCCUGGCGGAGCGGAACGCGAUACCAAAAUUUCAGCCAUCUCUUCGAAUCGACUACCGCUGCAACCCACUCAGCAGAGUCGAAGUCAUCUAUCAUCGCUUUCAGCUUACUCAAUGUCGCGCUCUCACUCUAGCGAGGAAAAUGAUCAUUACACUCAUCGUCACACGAAGCGUUCCAGGCCGAACUCGCCUAACUCAACCGCUCCGCCUUCCCCUACGCUCUCACAAGAUUCAUUCUCACCCACUCCAGAAUAUACUCCGCUAGUUACUCCUGCUCACUCGCCACGUCUGCGUCCGUUUGGCGGUAGCGUUUACGAUCUUCCUACAUUACGAAACUUCUCCCUCCACUACGUUCCUCCUCUUCCUCCCAUGGAGCCGCAGCAAUUAGAUUCAUCCUAUCAUACAGCCUCUCUUAAUCCACAGCCUCCCAAACAUCCGCAGCAUCGCACCUCAGUCACCCUCGGCGAUAUCCUGGAGGGGCCAGAGUCCACUCAAAAUCACAUGGUGGUACCUCAAGUCUCUAAACUUGCCGUCCAAGAUCUUUUAACCACUACAGAUGACGUGUUCAGGACUAGAUAUAACACCUCUAACUCUCACAGAAAUGACCUGUAA